AUGUUCUAUAAACAGCCCACUUGGGACGACCUCGCCGACAGGAUCCAGAACCUCUACGGCAUCCCUAAAGACAAAGUCGGCGUCUCCUACUUUGACGUCGAUGGCGACGAGAUCACCCUUAGCUCGCAGGAUGAGCUCCAGGACUAUUAU